CUUCAUUCGAAAUUCAUUCGGUGGAGAUCAGCUGAACACCAAGGGAAGGGGCACCGCUGGUAGUAGGGCAAAUAAUUUCGCUUCAGUCUUGCUAGUCUCUAAAUUUUCUCGACGAGCGUGUAUUACAUGGAACGGCUUCCCUACCACAAAACUUAGGCGCAGACCGAUUGCGACUUUCAGAUUUAGUGGAUGACAGAAACUUCAGACGACUGAGUGAUAAGAAUGGGUCAGGGCUCUUAUACUUAUGUGGGAGGAACCCCCAAAGAUACCGUAGAACUCAGUAUCAAUGGCGUUGUUUACACCGUCAACGAAGAAGUGCCCCCUGAGACGUCGCUCAACGUCUUCAUCAGGGAUCACGCCCUUUUGCGGGGCACAAAAUUCAUGUGCCUCGAGGGUGGGUGUGGGGUUUGCAUUGUAGCAGCUGAAAUUCACGGAGAAACUCUGUCCGUUAAUUCUUGCCUCGUACCUGUCCUUAUUUGCAAUGGAUGGAAGGUCAAGACUAUCGAGGGCAUCGGCGGUAGGAAACAGGGCUAUCACAAAAUUCAAGCGACACUUGCCGGUAUGAAUGGGUCUCAGUGCGGGUAUUGCUCACCUGGAAUGGUCAUGAAUAUGUACAGCUUAAUGCAGGGCAGACAAUUAACGAUGAAAGAAAUCGAGAAUUCAUUUGGAAGCAAUAUCUGUCGUUGCACCGGUUAUCGUUCGAUUCUAGAGGCUUUCAAAGGUCUAGGAAGUGACGCCGACCCCGCGAUAAUGCAGAAGAUCCAAGACAUCGAGGAGUUGUACAAAUUGAAAAAUUGCCCGAAAUCGGGAAAGCCGUGCACAGGUGUUUGCAAAUCGUCAGAGGAACCAUCAAUCCUGGAGGAAAUUAGUAUGGAAUUCGGGGACGUGAAAUUUCAGAAAGUCCUGGAUAUUGAUAGCUUGUUUGCAGCAUUCACUAACAAUCCAAAAUCAACUUAUAUUCUUAACGGGGGCAACACAGCGCACGGAGUUUAUCGGCUGCAAAAACCCCAGCUGUAUAUUGAUCUCAAUGAUAUCAGCGAUCUUCGUAGGGUAGAGAAAACGGCGGACAGUCUGAUUUUCGGUGGAAAUGUCUCUUUAACAGUCAUCAAGAACAGUUUUAUCAAAUAUUGUGGGGAGCCAGGCUUCAAUCAUCUGAGACAAAUGGCCGAUCACGUGGAUCUCAUUGCCCACAUUUCAGUGCGCAAUCUCGGUACAUUGGCUGGGAACUUGAUGAUAAAACACCAGUACAAUGAGUUCCCAUCAGACAUGUUCCUAAUUCUGGAAACGGCUGGAGCUAAAAUACACAUACUGGAAUCUCCUGGAGAGAAGAAAGAAAUUAAUUUUAUGGAUUUCAUCAAGAUGGAUAUGAAUCACAAGAUUAUUUACAGCGUCGUGGUGCCAGCAUUGCAGUCUGAACAGGUGUAUCGCUCUUAUAAGAUAAUGCCGAGGGCGCAGAAUGCUCACGCUUUAGUGAAUGCUGGGUUUCUCUUCAAGCUUGAUGCCUCUGGGCUAGUGCAGACCCAGCCCAAUAUAAUAUUUGGGGGUAUCAGGCCCGAAUUUCUGCACGCAACUGCCACGGAAAAAUAUCUGACUGGCAAGCGAAUACUAGACAAAAAUGUGCUGAAACAAGCGCUAGAAACGCUGAAUUCAGAGCUGAAUCCUGAUUCGGUCCUGCCUGAUUACUCCCCAGAGUUCAGAAAAAAUCUGGCGCAGGGAUUGUUCUACAAGUUUGUUCUGAGUUUAAAACCGGAAACAGUGGACGAGAAGUUGCGGAGCGGUGGAACUAUUCUAGAACGUGACCUUUCCUCCGGAAGAGUGGAUUAUGAAACGGACAAAUCACUUUGGCCGUACAAUGAACCACUUCCGAAGACUGAAUCUAUCUAUCAGACAUCUGGAGAGGCAGAAUACGUCAAUGAUAUACCACCGCAGCCUCGGGAGGUCUUCUGUGCAUUCGUUCACACUAUUUUCGCCAGUGGAAAAAUUAAAAAUAUCGAUGCCUCAGAAGCUUUGGCGAUGAAGGGCGUCGUAGCUUUCCUCACAGCCAAGGAUGUCCCCGGAAAAAAUCUCGCUAUCGAUUCCGCGAACAAGGACCCAAUGAAUCCCUCCGACGAAAAGCUAUUCGCUGACGGAGAUGUCGAGUUCGCAGGACAGCCCAUUGGUCUCAUCUGCGCCGAGACGAAUGCUCUAGCUCAUGAAGCCGUGAAGAAGGUGAAGGUCACGUAUACAGACUCCUUCAAGAAAAAGCCGAUAAUAACGAAUCAAGACGCCAUCGACUCCGGUGAUAAAACUAGAAUCAAUGAAGUGGCGAACUUACCUGCUGACCGACAAGGCCCGAAUCCGGUUCAGAAGGUGAUAAAAGGUACAUUCAAUUGUGGAGCACAGUAUCAUUUCACGAUGGAGCCACAGACCUGCGUUUGCAUCCCAACAGAGGAUGGACUAGACGUUUAUCCAGCCUCUCACUUCGUAGAUCUCGUCCAGACUUCCAUUGCUUCAGCCCUGGGAAUCCCCAACAACAGCAUCAACAUCAAAGUAAGAAGACUUGGGGGUUCCUACGGUGCAAAACUAUCCCGAAACACGUGGAUCAGUUGCGGAUGUGCCGUUGCAGCACGUGUCUUGAAUCGUCCAGCUCGUCUAAUCAUGACCAUCGAGAGUAACAUGACAAUAAUAGGAAAAAGAUUUCCAGUCAAGCAUGACUACGAGAUUGGCGUUGAUGCUGAUGGAGUGAUUCAGUACCUCAAACAGGAGAGUUGGCACAACGCUGGGGCCUCAUUCAACGAUCCCAUUGCCCAGCAGAGUAUCAUGCACUCUUUCUCGUGUUACGAUAAGACGACGUGGACGUCUGUGGGAAAUGAAGUUCAUACUGAUGUCCCUUCCAACACUUAUUGCAGAGCCCCAGGAUCCACUGAGGGAGUGGCGAUGGCGGAGAAUAUGAUGGAAAAUAUAGCAGAAGCACUUGGCAAGGAUCCAGUGGAAAUUCGCGUUAAAAAUAUGAAUGAGACUGAUAAAGUGCCUCUGACUGAAAUGAUUGAGGAUAUAAAACAAACGUCGGACUACACCGCUCGAGUGGAGGCUGUCAGAAUGUUCAAUAGAGAGAACAGAUGGAAGAAGAGAGGCAUCAGUCUAAUGCCCAUGAAGUAUCCCCUGGAGAUAGGAGGACCUUGGAAUGCUCUGAUAUCGGUUUAUCCGAGGGAUGGAACGGUGGCUGUACUUCAUGGAGGCAUCGAAGUCGGUCAGGGAAUAAACACUAAGGUCUCUCAGGUUGCAGCUCACACUCUGGGGAUUGACCUUGACAUGAUAAAUGUUAAACCCACGAAUAAUCUUGCAGCACCAAAUAAUUCUGUCACCGGGGGAAGCAUCACGACGGAAUGUGCAGCAAACGUAAUGGUACCAGCUGAUUCUUCGAGAGGCUAUCCAAUUUACGCUGUAGCUGUUACUGAAGUAGAAGUCGAUGUGCUGACAGGACAACACAUCAUUCGUCGUGUCGAUCUCCUAGAGGACGUCGGUAUAAGUAUGAAUCCAGAGAUCGAUAGAGGACAGGUGGAAGGGGCUUUCGUCAUGGGAUCGGGUUAUUGGACAUCUGAGGAUCUCAUCUACAAUCCCAAGAAUGCACUUCUCGUCAAUAAUCGAACUUGGAAUUAUAAACCACCUGGUGCUAAGGAUAUCCCAGUCGAUUUUAGAGUUGCGUUUAGAAAAAAAUCGCCAAAUCCUGUGGGAGUGCUGCGUUCAAAAGCAAUCGGAGAACCGCCACUCUGCAUGAGCUACAGUGUUUUACUAGCAUUGAGAAAUGCCCUGAAUUCAGCGAGAAAGGAUGCCGGAAACACCGAGCCUUGGUAUGAGUUUGAUGGACCAGCCACUACUGAGAAUAUAUUGAAGACCAGUCUCACUUGCGGAGAUCUCAUGGGACUGUAAUGGGAAGUUAUCCUCUCGAGGAUAAAUUUCUGGGAAAAUUUUCUACAAAAAAUUACUUUUUACCAAGUGAAAACUUGAAACGUUUUCAGAAUAUUAUAUAUGUAAUAAUACCUAUAAAUAUUAUUUGAUAUGAAAUAUUAUAUGAUGCAUAGUAUCUUCAGUAUAUGGAAAUAUAUAGAAAAGUAUGUAUAUCAUGAGUUAUGUCAUCCAUAAAUACAAUUUCUUAUUGGAA